CGUCCCUGGCACGCUCUCAUCCGCACCCACCACAUCACCAGCCUCAAGAAAGUCGCCAAGCUUCGGCACGCCGCCAGCGAACAUGGCGUCUUCGCGAUGCUCCGCAGCGGCGGCAAGGGGCCGGGGAUCAUGUAUGUCACAGGCAUAAAUUCGGGAAGAGUCGCGGGUUGGGUCGGCAGUGUAAAGAAAUUGCGAUACAAAGAUUAUCAAUUGGCGGUGCGGCCUGCUCCUGCUCUGCAAGAUCGUACGGCGUCUAUCAACAUUGGCCUUGAAGAAAUCGAAUCGGUGAAGGAUUAUAGUCGAUGGAUGGAGGAGAGGGGGCUCCUGCAAUGGUGGCGCCAGGGUAUGGGAUAC